AUGACGGUCUCGUCCCCACGAACGCGGCCUGCUGACGGCCCCCUUCCACCCAUGCCUCGCCGGCAGUCGUGCGACCGGUGCCACGAGCAGAAAGUCCGUUGUGUGACAGAAGGGUUGGAUGGCGCUAUCACGCUCGGAGGGGUCAUUCACGAGAACGAUGCGAAGUCGGACGGUCACGUCGUCUCAUUGGUGCCGUGUGUUCGUUGCCGGAAGGCCGGCGCAGUUUGUGCCUACAGCCGUGACGUCGGGUUAGGCCAAUUAGAACCAUUAGAAGAGGCAGAGUGCCACUCUCAACAAUCACCAUCGUCGUUUCGACAAAGCACACCACUCCCUUCGCCCACGGUGGCCUCACCACCACUGUUCGAGCCGACAAGUCAUCCCAACGCACUGCUUGGCACCCCUCCUCUCACAGAGCACUGGGAAACGACACCAUAUCGUGCCGACAGCACCCACCCGAUGAUGGGAGGUAUGUGCCAGAUGGCAACAUUUGCAACAAUCCCUAGCGUCCCGACUGCGCCCCUUUUCCCGGAUUCCACAACCCACAUGGUCCCGCCCACGGAACACGCCAUGGAUAGCUAUACAUGGGGCUUCCCAGCGACCUCAGAUAAUUUGCUCCAAGAGCUGGGGGACAUCGACUUUCGCAUUCACCAAGCCAGGCGCGGGCUACUAUUACCACAUUGCACGCCAGCACCGUGGUCGUCCCCCGGGGUGAACGAGGCAUUUGAUGCCGCUUGCUCUCUAGUCGAUGUUGUGGACCGCUUCGCAGCCAAACGGCGAAUGCCGUCCUCCGAUGUCCACUUGGCGGGCAUCGAAACCGCCUUGGAAACCUCAACGCGACUAAUGAUCCACUCCUGCCACGAAGCACUCUUGGGUAUCUUCGAGCACCUGUCGGCAUCGUUGCUUUCUCAUCUUUCGCACCCCCAACACCAGCAAACACCCCCACGAACACCACCCCACGCCGCCGCGUUUCUCCCGCAACAGGGGAAUCCGCAAGCGGCAAUCGUGGCCAAUUCGAUCCGGCAUCUUAUCAGCCAGCUAGACCGCGCGAUUUUGUCUCUUUCGGGGACGUACUACAACACACAACCACCACAACCACAUCAUCAAUCUGAACAUGAAACGCUCUCUAUGGCGAACCUGAUGGGCCACACAUCACAAGUGUCUGGGAUACCGGUCACGUAUGGAGGAGGGGAUGAGAGCUGGCUCGGGAAUAACGUUACUGGGAAUCCACUCUUCAACGAGAUGGAGCAGAGACAGGCACGGGUUGGUGGGCAAAUCAAGACGGUUGAGCGGUUGCUAAGGCAGCCGAUCGUAGCAUGA